UGCGGUCAGGUCUGGAAAGGAAAGAAAACCUGAGGCCUAGGCCGCUUGCAGGUCGUUCCUGUUCCUUGGCUGCAAUGGUGGUGGUCGCCGGCCUGCGGGCCUUUGGGGCGAAGGGGCCCAGCUGGCUCUGGCGCAGCCCGUGGGCCCCUCUCUCCGCCGGCUUCUGCAGCCCGGGGUCAGCAGCACCCGCGCGGCCGGAGUCGGAACCCAGGCCCACCAGCACGCGACAGCAGGACGGAAUCAGGAACAUUGUCUUAAGCAAUCCCAAGAAGAGGAAUGCACUGUCACUGGCCAUGCUGAAAUCUCUCCGAAGUGACAUCCUUCAUGAAGCUGAAAGCAAAGACCUGAGAGUCAUUAUAAUCUCAGCUGAGGGCCCUGUGUUUUCAUCUGGGCACGAUUUGAAGGAGCUGACAGGUGCACGAGGCCGUGAUUAUCACACCGAAGUAUUUCAGACCUGUUCUGAGGUCAUGAUGCUGAUCCGGAACCACCCCGUCCCCAUCGUUGCCAUGGUCAAUGGCUUGGCCACAGCGGCCGGCUGCCAGCUUGUUGCCAGCUGCGACAUUGCCGUGGCAAGUGACAAGUCCUCUUUUGCCACCCCUGGAGUGAAUGUUGGACUUUUCUGCUCCACCCCCGCCGUUGCCCUGGGGAGAGCGGUGCCCAGAAAGGUGGCCCUGGAGAUGCUGUUUACUGGGGAGCCCAUUUCUGCUCAGGAGGCCUUGCGCCACGGCCUCAUCAGCAAAGUGGUGCCAGAGGAGCAGCUGCAGGAAGAGACCAUGCGAAUAGCGAAGAAGAUUGCCUCCUUGAGCCGCUCCGUGGUCACGCUGGGCAAGGCUACCUUUUACAAACAGCUGCCGCAAGACCUUAGAACAGCAUACUACCUUGCCUCCCAGGCCAUGGUGGACAACCUGGGCCUGCAGGAUGGGCAGGAAGGAAUCGAGGCCUUCAUCCAGAAGAGAAAGCCUGUCUGGACACAUUGAGCCAGCACGAGGAGUUCCUAGCCAAUGGCUAGCUAGGAAGUCCCCCAGCCCUCGGUUUUUCCACCCCAUCGUACUGCUUCCUCUCCGUUCUAAGAGAACAGAGAUAUUGAUUUCCCAGUGUGUGAUCUAUAUUACAAUCCAUGAUUCUGUAGGGAAUGGAUUCAGGGGAGUGAUGAAGCGCUGGGUCAGUGGCCAGGUUAAUGUGCACUGGGGCCAUGACAGAAAGCUGGGGUUCCGAAGGGCUUGCAGCACCUGAAGUGAGGGGCUGCUCAUACACAGGUGACAGUUCAGAGAGGCGUGAAGGAAAGCUACCAACCCCACCCUUCUGGAGUCUCCUGAAGGCAGAGUCCAUUCUGGUUGCUCGUGACAAGUUGGACAUUUCAAGUUUCCAUGAGAUCAUCUCCACACUGAAAAAUCAUCUUGAUUCUACCAGGAAAUAGUCGUGCUGGUGGCUUUGAAACAAUCUUAUGUGAUUUGAAUAAAUUAAAUAUUUAUAGA